CAUGCAUAACUGAUUAUAUCUGAUAUUAGUCGCUAUAUCCAUCAUCAUGAAAACCAAAUAACUAAAUAGAUUCAUGUUCCCAAAAUAGCUAGUGAUUCAGAGAAUCUCCCGCUUCCUCUGAAAAUCACACAAAUACGGAUAUUUCUCAAACUCCUGAUUCUCUGUUUCCACAGAAACGAUGUUCAACAGCAAGAAGGAGUCCAAUGGCACGGCCUCUCGAACGGGAGCAGACUCGCCGUUCUUGCAAAAGGCACGCUCGGGUAAAACCGAGGUAAGAGAGCUAGAAGCCGUGUUCAAGAAGUUCGACGUGAACGGAGACGGCAAGAUCUCGUCAAAGGAGCUAGGCGCCAUAAUGGCGAGUCUAGGCCACGAGGUUCCAGAGGAGGAGCUUCAGAAGGCGGUAGCAGAGAUCGACAAGAAAGGAGACGGUUACAUAAACUUGGAGGAGUUCGUUGAGCUGUUCACGAAAGGGAUGGACCAGAACGAUGUGCUGGAGAAUCUUAAGGAUGCGUUCUCUGUUUAUGAUAUCGACGGGAACGGGUCUAUUUCCGCGGAGGAGCUGCAUGAGGUUUUGAGGAGUCUUGGAGAUGAAUGCUCGAUAGCGGAGUGUAGGAAGAUGAUUAGUGGUGUGGAUAAGGAUGGAGAUGGGACUAUUGAUUUUGAGGAGUUUAAGGUUAUGAUGACUAUGGGAUCUAGGCGUUAUAAUGUCAUGGGAGGAGGUGCUCAGUGGUAGAGUUUCUCAUUUUCUCUUCUACUUCUUCCUCCUCUUUGGGGUUGCAUUAACUUGAUAAUUUUCAA